AUGCUUAACGAAUAUGAAAUUAGACUCAAAAAUAUUUUUGUAGAUCCCCAAAUUGUGCAAUCCUAUGAUUUCAUUUCCAAAGUCUAGUUGUAUACAAAGGACCAAGUCAUAUUUAAAUAUGGAGAUGAGAACAAGUUCUUCAUGGUUCUCCAAAAUGGAUCAAUAUCCUAAAAUACAUCAUACAUUCCAAUAGGUCUUGUACAAAACACCAUCAAAUGUCUGAGUGAUUGUGCAUUUAGAAUUAUUGAUGAAUAAUAGUUUGAAAUGCUGAGCAAAGCCAAAAUCAACUAUCAAAAAAAAAUUCUUGAUUUUCUUCACAACUUGCCUUGCUUUAAAGAUGCAAAAAAUGUCAAACUAAACUUUCUCAUCGAAGAUUAUAAGUUAGGGUAAAGUUGUCUGAAUGAACAGGAAUACUCCAAAUCACUAUUUGUUAUUUAUGAUGGAAGCGAAUUUCUAAUAAGGAAGAAAUGGAAUAAGAGCUAUAUUGACAUUGGACAAGUUAGUAAAGGCGAAAUAAUUAAUGAUUACGAAUGUACCAGUGGCUUGAUUUAACAGUUCUAGAUUCUUUGUAAAUCUUAAACUGCCUAAAUUAUUAAAAUCGAUGACUACAAAAGAUUGAUAGAUCUAAAUGACUUCCUAAAGAUUGCCGCUGAAAAAUUCAAUCAUCGACUAGCAAGAUAUAAGCGUAUGACUGAUUUUAAAUCGGGAAACUGCGACUAUUAAUAACCAUUCGAACCAGAAAUCUUACCUUUAAGAGAUGUUAUCAACAGAGUCCAAACCUCACAAGGGAGAUAAAGAAUACCAGUUCAAAUAACGAUUGAUGAAGAGGUAAAGAAGAAGGUUCAAAUUAAAAUGGGAACCUACAAAACAGGAUAGAAUAGGAAAAGAAUGUAUUCAUUGAUGUAAUGA